GGUGCGAUCUCAGAUCCCUCAGCUCUCACAAUCCAAAAAACCAAAACAACCAAACCAGUUGGAAACCCAGCAGUUUAUUUUUUAAAACCUAAUCUAAUCACACCACCAUGAGCUCUCAGAUUUUUAAUACUGAUGCCGUCACUUUGGAAAGUCUGAUCCGACAAAACAACCGUGCCAUCCACAUGCUGCGUUUGUCAGACUACUCCAGAGCCACCAAAUUGCUCUGUUCAACGGUAGCUGGUCUCCAGCAGUUGGCCGACGAGACCCAUCACCCUGAUGACGACGACGAUGACGACUGGAUGGAAGAUAACGGAAUCUCGUUUUUCUAUUCCUUGGACUUGCAGCAGCAACAGCAACCACAAGGUGAGGAGGAGCAGCAGCAGCAGGUCUUUCGAGCUCCCAUUCGGAUUGCUUGCUUUGAUGGCUUGGGUCUUUGCGGCUCUGUUCCCCUCUUGAAUCGCGUCUCAUUUGCAGUGGUGUACAAUCUGGCAUUGGCAUUCCAUUUGGGAGCACUUGCGGAGUCCGAUAAUGGCCGUCGUCGCCAACGACUGACCAAGGCACUCAACUUUUACACAGUGGCCCUAAGGCUGGCAGAGGCCGCGCCCCGGUCUAGUAUUACUAGUGGUGCGAGCUCACUGGGAGGAUUCGGAAGCAUGGAAGCCUUGGCCAUUGUGAAUAACCAGGCUCAGAUUCAUCAAAUCUUUGGGGCCAGCCUCAAGUCCGACGAAUGCCACACUGUCAUGCUCAGCCACAUCAUGUACACCAGCAUCGCCACUGGUGGACAGCCCUUUCGAGACGAAGAAUCCCUAGGUGCAUCGGCCAUGCAGUCCUGCCUGGAACAGUUUCUUGCCAACGCCACCCAAAAAUCUCGUUGUGCCGCCCAGGCGGCGUAACCCGGCACUUGCCAAGUGCGAACACCCUUCCAAGUUUCCUUACAGUACAUUCUUUUUUGGUAGCGAGCAUUGGAUAUAUACUAUGAGUAAUCCUAUAGAUUGAAUAUCCUUUUU